UUUCCCCUUCCAAAUUUAUUAGCGUGUGCCCGUUUGUGGAUGUGAGUAAUGAUAAUCCGUGUUAGUGUUGUGAAAUGAGUUUAAUGCACUUGAUUUCCAUUGUGCUUCUUAGAUCUAUCGUCAUUCUUCAAGGUAAGGAACAUAGACGCAUGUGAAUGAUAUACCUCCCUUUUUUCUAUACAGAUAUACAUGCAAUCCGGCUAGUGUGUCCUACCUUACCUUGCCUUUUGCAGAGCAGCGCUUUUUGUGCACGCUCUUUAACCCUUACAACUCUUAGUCUUCAUCCCGAACUUUUCACACAGUGGCAAACAGUUGUGAUUAAGUUAAAAUCAAUAAUACUCUAUAUUAAUAAGAUGAUAACAAUAUUAUAUAGUAAUGAUUGUUGUUGUUGUUGUUGUUGUUGUGAAUGCUCAAAUGCUCUCGUGCAAAUGAUUAAAGUGCCCAGCUAGAAAUACAAUAAGAAUUUUGGAAUACAUUUGAAUGAAUGUUUUUGUGCCUUGGAGCGCUUGCCUAAUGAAACAGAUGAAAGAUUGAAAGAAACGGUUCGGGGGGGGCUUGCCAAAACAUUGCCUUGUG